AUGGUCUCCUCAUUUAGGUGGGGAGGUUUAACUUUGUUAUUCUCUGUUUGGUUUUGGAUAUUCCAGCCGGCCUUAUCGAUCGGAAAUGUGGGGCAGCUCGCCGUGGAUCUGUUAAUCUCGUCACUAAAAGCUGAGAAACUCGGGUAUUUGGACGAUCCGAAUGUGCUUCCUUCAUAUGAAUCAUCUUCUCGUGCAUUGUCACUUGUGCAACAGAGGUCUCCAGUUAGUAAGGGUAUGAUGAUCGAAUAUGCUAAGAACAUGGCGAAUUUUGCUGUGGCAAACGGCAAGAAGCACAUCGUCGUACUAUCUACUUUGGAUUUUGGUAGAUGGAAAAACAUUAAUAUGACCAGCGGCUUGCAGAUAUACUACUUAUCCAGUUCAAGUUUGGAUGGGACUGAUGCUGCCUGUGAAAAUCUUGGGUGGAAUAGACUGCAAGAUUACAAUCCUCACCAAAGAACAUGGAAAUAUCUUGAGACAUUAGCUACAAAUGGUUCCACUACCGAUGAAGAUUUUCCUUUUGAGGAACUUGGAGAUGAAGAUUAUUAUCCUAGUUUGCCCUUUGCUGCAUUAUUUUCCUGCUUUAAGGCUAAAGGUCUAAAAGUUACUUGUUUACUGUGUUACUCCUCUGAGGGAGACAACAUACCUGAAGCUUUCUCCAUGGCUGAGGCAGCAUGCGUACUUACUGGACUUAGCAAUAAGGAGUUCGAAGGCAAUGGUGCUGACAAGUGGAUAAUGCCAUUCUCAUGGCAGAGUGUUUAUGGUCCUCCAGCAGAUGUGACUCUAUUCUAGCAUAGGCGCAGCCUAGUUUAUUUUUAGGAGUUUGAUUUUUGAAUUCAUUGCUCCAUCUUGGUGUUUUUCUCUUUUCUUUUUCUUUUUAGUUUUUGAAUUAUCUAAGAUAAAUAUACUUCAUAAGGCAGUG